UCGCUUUUAGCCGGGCCGGGCCCUGCGCGGCCGCCGUAGCCGGGGAGCGGCCGCCCGGGCCAUGGGGAACCUGCUGGGCCGCAAGCGGCGGAGCCGGGUCACGGAGCAGGACAGGGCCGUGCUGCAACUGAAACAGCAGCGGGAUAAACUGAAGCAGUAUCAGAAACGGAUAACUCUGAAUCUGGAACGAGAGAGAGCUGUCGCCCGGCAGCUGCUGAGAAAUGGCAAGAAAGAAAAAGCCAAGUUAUUGCUAAAGAAGAAGCGCUACCAAGAGCAGCUGCUAGAUAAAACAGAAAACCAAAUCAGCAACCUGGAACGCAUGGUCCAGGAUAUUGAAUUCACCCAGAUUGAAAUGAAGGUGAUUGAAGGCCUGAAAAUUGGCAAUGAAUGUCUGAAUAAAAUGCAUGAGGUCAUGUCAAUAGAAGAAGUGGAAAGAAUAAUAGAUGAAACCCAAGAUGCUGUGGAAUAUCAAAGGCAAAUCGAUGCAAUGCUGGCUGGCAGCUUCACGGAAGAAGAUGAAGAUGCCAUUUUAGAAGAAUUAAAUGCCAUUACUCAGGAACAGCUCGAGCUCCCUGAAGUUCCCGCUGAGCCACUCCCAGAAAAGAUCCCAGAAGCAUCACCUGUCAAGAUCAGGGCCAAGCCAGAACUGGUGGCAGCAUCUUAAUUCCACUCCUGGGGAUAACCCCAAAUAACUUCCAUCAUGGACAGUUUGGAAUCCCAGCAUGCCCUGGGGACAGGAAACGCCACAGUAGCAUCCCAGCUGCGCUGGGCGAAUGUGCUGGAGUGAGGUUUCCUGCACAGGGCAGGGAAUCUCAGCAGAUUAUCGCUCUUGUAUCAAGAUUAUUUUCUAGUGCUUUCUUUUUGUAAUUUAAACUCACUCAGCUGCGCUGUCUCUGGAUUAAACAGUGACUUUAAAACUUCCAAAGCCAAA